UUACUUUUCUGAAAGCAGCUACUAGAAAAUUUUAAAUUAUACAUGUAGUUGCUCAUAGAAGGUUGGUAUCCGGGUUAAUUCAUUAGUGUAGAUUCAUAAACACAGUAAUUUUCUUUAAUUUCAUGGAUUCGUUGAACUAAAGAUCCCAUAGGUCACCGCCUUCCCUGUCCCUCCUCUACCACCAAAAAUUAAUGAGAACAAACGGGAAGAAUUUACUCUGCUUUUAAAGGUACUCUGAUACAGAUUUUUCUCCACUGUCAUAAGUAUACCUAGAACAAAAGCACUGUUGACUCAAGUCGUUUCACUAAUGAAAAGGAAGCAGCAGAAUGACUAAUGUAAAUUGGAGGAGGCACUGUUUUAUUUGGAAUGCUUUGGUUCUUCCACUGUGGAACAAGUGUGGCUGCAGUUGAAACAGCAGAGUCAUACUAGGCAUAUCUGAUGUGUGAGGAACCGGAGCAUUGCUCAGGGUCCCCUGCCUUCCGAUGAAUGGAUGUAGGAUCCAUCAUACAUCAGAUUGCUCCUCUCCAAUACAAACUCUGAUGCAGAAAAGCACUCGGUGUCGUUGCUUUUUCUUACUUUGUGGUUUAGGGCAGAAAUAAUAUUUUGGCUUAGAGACUUUUCUCCUGAACUAUGACAUAAUAGGAUAAGAAUAUUGUGUCAAAAAUAGCCUUACAAGGUCCUUUUUGGCAUUAAGACUUCUGGAGUGAGUUUGCGGUAGAUUAUUGAGAACAGUUCUGUUCAUUAGCAGCUAGCCAUCUUUGAUGAGUGCUGACUUCUCUCCUUUCAGCACAGAGUGGGAAAUGGCUGCCUCCCAUGACUCUGGGUUGGAGUGAAGGGGAAUGCAUACCAGCCACCCUCUUGCAGAGGUGGGACGGGUGCUGGCAUAGAGCCUCAGGUUAGGCCGAGGGGAUGCAGUCUCAGGCCAGCAGCCGGCAGUGUUUGUAAACAACAGGAGGGAGAUUGUGCUGGUGAUGUCCAACUCACACCAAUGAAGAUCAACCGUUUGCACUUUGGGCAGCAGGCUGCAGAUAGACAGUGCCUCCUGAGGGCAUCGCCAUGUUUUAGGGAUCCAUGUUGUAGGAUGCCUGCCUGCAAGAGAGAGUCUAGGAAUGCUUUUUAAGCCCCUGGAGUUCAGGCCUGGCGUCUGGGUGUCAAGUAGAGUGAACCUCCUGAAGUCCAAACUAACAUGACAUUUUAAAAUGAGGAAAACAAACAGCUCUGAAAAGGUCUAUAGGAUUAUAGAUAAGUGGUUAAUAUGGAAGAUGUUAUAAAGGGCUCAGGAGGUGAUGGGGUGAUCCAGGGUUGGUUGAAGUCAUUGACAUUGGAUCACCCUGUCUUUUACCCAUCUGUGGAAAAAAAGAGGAAAACGACAUCUCCCAAAGAUGCUUGGAGAUUUGAUUGACGUUUAUAAAGUGCUUUGAUAUCUUUCAUAGAGUGUCCAAUAAGAGCAAAAUGUGUCAUCAGAACUUAGUCUAAAGCAAACUAUUCUAAACCAUCUUGAGUAGAUACUAAGCAGUUAAUGUCUUCGUUAUAAGUUGUACUUAUAUUUUUGAGAGAAAGUUUUUCAUGUUCUGAUUUUCUUUUAAGUAUCAGCUGUAUGCUUGGUGUCUUUACCUGUUAGCUUGAGUUCCAACAUGCUCUGUAGAUGGUCAGUCACCUACAGAGGACAAUUUUUCUAGCCAAGCAGUAAAUCCACCUUAAAAUGCUUCUUGCCAAGGACAAUGCCUUUGCAAAUAUUUGAGAUGUUUAUUCUCAGUUGUGAUUUAUUACUGAAUCUGUGUCUUCAUAGCUACUCCUUGGGAGGUGCAGAAGGAGGCAGAGCCAGAAAGCAAGUCCCUGCAAUCAGUUCAUUAUAGAGAAAGAAAAAGCUGUUAUUUCAGGGUUCUGGUGGAUAGACUUUCCGAUAUGUAUGUUCUGUGUCUAUUUAAUUUCAUGUAGUGCUGCAUCUAAUCACGCUGUUUAAUCGAAUAGAAUGUCCUUUUGCUUUGCUUUUGCUUGUAAAGAGCACACAGCACUGCCACCUUGUUGCCAAAGUUUGGUCUGAUUUGAAUGUGCUUAGAAAUCAAGUGAAUGCCUGUUAGGAAAAAGCUUACUCCUUCUCUUUGUCAGUACUUGCAAAAACAACUUAAAAGAAGUUAGCAUUAUUGGACUGAAUUCAGUAAUUAGCAUAAUCAUGAUGCUAUGUAUUGUUCACCAGGGCACGCCCCUUGGCCGCAUUUCCCAUUAAGAGGACACCGAUGUUGUCCUAGUGAAUAAAUCCCGGCACACAUGAUGCAAAUCAGCGUGUUCCUGCCUGCCGCUUGGCUGCGGUUAAUUUUAGCCGGGGUUAGUUCUAUGAGUUGUAAAAGUAGAAGUUAGCAAGCUGAAAUGUGACUUCUCGGCCUAAGGUGAUAGGAUAUCUAUUUUAGACUUCAGAUUGUGUUUAUGAUCAGGAGAGCAGUCUUCUGAAGAAUUGUGGCUCAGUUUUCUUGGAAACUACUUAACAUAUGAGGCCCAGUGAACAUGGUGGCUGUACAGAGAUAAGAUCGACGUGUCUCCUCACUCCAGAGAGCACCGGGAGCUGAUCUUAACCCUGAAUGAGCCUUUCAAUAUAAGUAGAGUCUGUGAAACCCAUGAACUUCCAAUAACUAUAUAGCCAGAGGAGACAUCACAGCUUUCCCAGAUCAGGAGGAAAAAUAUGGAAUGUGUUUUACCGCUGACUGAACACAACCAAAUGAACUGUCCUGACAGUAGUUUGCAAACCAGCAGCUAGCAGUUUGUCCAGCCUCUAACAUUGUCCAGCACUUUCCAGAGCAAACUCACUGUUUACAAGAACUCUUGGCCUUACGAAGUUUAUAACCUCAAGCUUUGUUUAUUUAAAAUAUUCCUGCAAAAGAAAAGUACCCGGCACCCACUUUCCAAAAUGGCCAUGGAUGAGUAUUUGUGGAUGGUCAUUUUGGGUUUCAUCAUAGCUUUCAUCUUGGCCUUUUCUGUUGGUGCAAACGAUGUUGCCAACUCCUUUGGUACGGCCGUGGGCUCUGGUGUGGUGACCUUGAGGCAGGCGUGCAUUUUAGCUUCAAUAUUUGAAACCACCGGCUCCGUAUUACUAGGAGCCAAAGUAGGAGAAACCAUUCGCAAAGGUAUCAUUGACGUGAACCUGUACAACGAGACGGUGGAGACGCUCAUGGCUGGGGAAGUUAGUGCCAUGGUUGGUUCCGCUGUGUGGCAGCUGAUUGCUUCCUUCCUGAGGCUUCCAAUCUCAGGAACGCACUGCAUUGUGGGUUCUACUAUAGGAUUCUCGCUGGUCGCAAUCGGUACCAAAGGUGUGCAGUGGAUGGAGCUUGUCAAGAUUGUUGCUUCUUGGUUUAUAUCUCCACUGUUGUCUGGUUUCAUGUCUGGCCUGCUGUUUGUACUCAUCAGAAUUUUCAUCUUAAAAAAGGAAGACCCUGUUCCCAACGGUCUCCGGGCACUCCCAGUGUUCUAUGCUGCUACCAUAGCAAUCAAUGUCUUUUCCAUCAUGUACACAGGAGCACCAGUGCUCGGCCUGGUUCUCCCCAUGUGGGCCAUAGCCCUCAUUUCCUUUGGUGUCGCCCUCCUGUUCGCUUUCUUUGUGUGGCUCUUCGUAUGUCCGUGGAUGCGGAGGAAAAUAACAGGCAAAUUACAAAAAGAAGGUGCUUUAUCACGAGUAUCUGACGAAAGCCUCAGUAAAGUUCAGGAAGCAGAGUCCCCAGUAUUUAAAGAGCUACCAGGUGCCAAGGCUAAUGAUGACAGCACCAUCCCGCUCACAGGAGCAGCAGGGGAGACGUCGGGGACCUCAGAAGGCACCUCUGCAGGCAGCCACCCUCGGGCUGCAUACGGAAGGGCGCUGUCCAUGACCCAUGGCUCUGUGAAAUCGCCCGUCUCCAACGGCACCUUCGGCUUCGACGGCCAUACCAGGAGCGAUGGUCAUGUGUACCACACCGUGCACAAAGACUCGGGGCUCUACAAAGACCUGCUGCACAAAAUCCACAUCGACAGGGGCCCCGAGGAGAAGCCGGCCCAGGAAAGCAACUACAGGCUGCUGCGCCGUAACAACAGUUACACCUGCUACACCGCAGCCAUCUGCGGGCUGCCAGUGCACGCCACCUUCCGAGCUGCGGACUCAUCGGCCCCAGAGGACAGCGAGAAGCUGGUGGGCGACACCGUGUCCUACUCCAAGAAGAGACUGCGCUACGACAGCUACUCGAGCUACUGCAAUGCGGUGGCAGAGGCGGAGAUCGAGGCGGAGGAGGGUGGCGUGGAGAUGAAACUGGCGUCAGAGCUGGCCGAUCCUGACCAGCCACGAGAGGACCCUGCGGAGGAGGAGAAGGAGGAGAAGGACGCGCCCGAGGUGCAUCUCCUGUUCCAUUUCCUGCAAGUCCUCACCGCCUGUUUCGGGUCGUUUGCUCACGGCGGCAAUGACGUGAGUAAUGCCAUCGGUCCCCUGGUAGCUUUGUGGCUGAUUUACAAACAAGGCGGGGUAAUGCAAGAAGCAGCUACACCCGUCUGGCUGCUGUUUUAUGGAGGAGUUGGAAUCUGCACAGGCCUCUGGGUCUGGGGGAGAAGAGUGAUCCAGACCAUGGGGAAAGACCUCACUCCCAUCACGCCGUCCAGCGGCUUCACGAUCGAGCUGGCCUCAGCCUUCACGGUGGUGAUCGCCUCCAACAUUGGGCUUCCAGUCAGCACUACGCACUGCAAGGUGGGCUCGGUGGUGGCCGUGGGCUGGAUCCGCUCCCGCAAGGCUGUGGACUGGCGCCUUUUUCGGAACAUCUUCGUGGCCUGGUUCGUGACCGUCCCUGUGGCUGGGCUGUUCAGCGCUGCUGUCAUGGCUCUUCUCAUGUAUGGGAUCCUUCCAUAUGUGUGAUUUGUCUUCUUCCAGCUGCAAACAGCUAAAGGGAUGAUCUGGUGUGGGCGUGUGGGAAACACGUGCCCUUGUGCCACACAUACACAUCCUGGCCUUGCACGGCUCUCAUGACCAGCUCUCCGCCUCCCUUCCAGGAGGCUCCAUCCCACACCGUUCACCUGGGCUGCGGAGACUCACCUUCUCGAGCUAACUUAACUACUGUACAUAAUAAUAUGUAUUAAACUGGUAUCCUGGUGAUAUAAUGUGGUGCAGUUACUUAUAUAUUAAAUAUCUAUUGUAUCCAUAGAAUAGGCAGCAUUAUUUCAAACAUAUUCAAGUUGGAAGUGGAAAUCAUUGCCUAGAAGUCAAUAUUCAGUAAAUCUUGUACAUAACUAUUUCGAUGGCAAAUGUUAAGCCUUUUAAAAGGAAAGAGUAGAUUGGAAAAUGAUUUUUUUCCAAAUGAUGUUUUUCCCUUCUAAUAUACUAUAAGGUGAUGAGCUUCAGGACAGGCGACACGACCCUGCAGAGGCUGCGUGCCGUGGGAUGCCAGCGGGAUGGGAGCUCAUAAGUGCUUUCACUGAAGAUUUGUUCAUAUAUUGUGUAUUGAUUCUUGUGUAAUAUAUCAUCAUUGCUUUUGUAAAUACGUAAAGCUGUAAUUUUUUAAUGGUGUGCUUCCCUUAUACUUUUUUGAUCAGAGAAUUUUGGAAAGUACCAAAGAAGCAGGGGAAUCGUUGGCCAGUGUUACAUUUUCACAUUGUCUGUCUCCCACCCUCACUGAUCAUGCCUGCCCCGGACCAGCGUGUGGCGGUGACACCGUCACCCAGCAUGCGCCACGCCGUGGCUCCCACCAGCAGUGCCACCGCCGCCACCACAUCCCAGAUCCCGCCCGCCCUGCAGUGGCCUUUCCUUGUCAUCAGAGUAGAGAAUGCACAGGUGUUGGUGAGGGCUUGCGGCUGAGCACUACAUGUCAAGUCCAGGGUCAGUUUUCAUCCCAAUUCUCCCGGCAGCCCGAAGAAUGGAUCCUUGUCUCAAAUGUUAGCACAAAGGAGGCUUUUUCUGUGCUUUGACAUUCUAGCAGUUCAGGGAUGGGAGGGAGGGGAAAUCCUGGACGCUGGAUGGAGUAUUUCUCUGAGGCCCACACGAAGCUGGACAUCCCCAGGCUCUACUCUAUCCCAUUGGAGUCUCUUCUUUUUUGAUAGCGGGAGGGAGGAAGUACGACUAAUGUUGGAGCCUGAAACUAUGGAAAUGCUGCUAAAAUUUUUAUAUUGACAAACAUUUUCUUGGUACUUCAUUGUGAUUUUUCAUUAAUCAACCAUAUUAAAUUUAUAAUAAAAAAUGCCCCUCGGAA